AUGCGGGGAAGCCCAAAGUCAGACAGCUUGGGCUCAUGGGAGGGAGGGGACAAGGCAGGAGUGGGCAGGGGGUCAAGGGGACAAGGCAGGAGUGGGCAGGGGGUCAAGGGGACAAGGCAGGAGUGGGCAGGGGGUCAAGGGGACAAGGCAGGAGUGGGCAGGGGGUCAAGGGGACAAGGCAGGAGUGGGCAGGGGGUCAAGGGGACAAGGCAGGAGUGGGCAGGGGGUCAAGGGGACAAGGCAGGAGUGGGCAGGGGGUCAAGGGGACAAGGCAGGAGUGGGCAGGGGGUCAAGGGGACAAGGCAGGAGUGGGCAGGGGGUCAAGGGGACAAGGCAGGAGUGGGCAGCGGGUCAAGGGGACAAGGCAGGAGUGGGCAGGGGGUCAAGGGGACAAGGCAGGAGUGGGCAGGGGGUCAAGGGGACAAGGCAGGAGUGGGCAGGGGGUCAAGGGGACAAGGCAGGAGUGGGCAGCGGGUCAAGGGGACAAGGCAGGAGUGGGCAGGGGGUCAAGGGGACAAGGCAGGAGUGGGCAGGGGGUCAAGGGGACAAGGCAGGAGUGGGCAGCGGGUCAAGGGGACAAGGCAGGAGUGGGCAGGGGGUCAAGGGGACAAGGCAGGAGUGGGCAGGGGGUCAAGGGGACAAGGCAGGAGUGGGCAGGGGGUCAAGGGGACAAGGCAGGAGUGGGCAGCGGGUCAAGGGGACAAGGCAGGAGUGGGCAGGGGGUCAAGGGGACAAGGCAGGAGUGGGCAGCGGGUCAAGGGGACAAGGCAGGAGUGGGCAGGGGGUCAAGGGGACAAGGCAGGAGUGGGCAGGGGGUCAAGGGGACAAGGCAGGAGUGGGCAGGGGGUCAAGGGGACAAGGCAGGAGUGGGCAGCGGGUCAAGGGGACAAGGCAGGAGUGGGCAGGGGGUCAAGGGGACAAGGCAGGAGUGGGCAGGGGGUCAAGGGGACAAGGCAGGAGUGGGCAGGGGGUCAAGGGGACAAGGCAGGAGUGGGCAGCGGGUCAAGGGGACAAGGCAGGAGUGGGCAGGGGGUCAAGGGGACAAGGCAGGAGUGGGCAGGGGGUCAAGGGGACAAGGCAGGAGUGGGCAGGGGGUCAAGGGGACAAGGCAGGAGUGGGCAGCGGGUCAAGGGGACAAGGCAGGAGUGGGCAGGGGGUCAAGGGGACAAGGCAGGAGUGGGCAGCGGGUCAAGGGGACAAGGCAGGAGUGGGCAGGGGGUCAAGGGGACAAGGCAGGAGUGGGCAGGGGGUCAAGGGGACAAGGCAGGAGUGGGCAGGGGGUCAAGGGGACAAGGCAGGAGUGGGCAGCGGGUCAAGGGGACAAGGCAGGAGUGGGCAGGGGGUCAAGGGGACAAGGCAGGAGUGGGCAGCGGGUCAAGGGGACAAGGCAGGAGUGGGCAGGGGGUCAAGGGGACAAGGCAGGAGUGGGCAGCGGGUCAAGGGGACAAGGCAGGAGUGGGCAGGGGGUCAAGGGGACAAGGCAGGAGUGGGCAGGGGGUCAAGGGGACAAGGCAGGAGUGGGCAGGGGGUCAAGGGGACAAGGCAGGAGUGGGCAGCGGGUCAAGGGGACAAGGCAGGAGUGGGCAGCGGGUCAAGGGGACAAGGCAGGAGUGGGCAGGGGGUCAAGGGGACAAGGCAGGAGUGGGCAGGGGGUCAAGGGGACAAGGCAGGAGUGGGCAGCGGGUCAAGGGGACAAGGCAGGAGUGGGCAGCGGGUCAAGGGGACAAGGCAGGAGUGGGCAGCGGGUCAAGGGGACAAGGCAGGAGUGGGCAGGGGGUCAAGGGGACAAGGCAGGAGUGGGCAGGGGGUCAAGGGGACAAGGCAGGAGUGGGCAGGGGGUCAAGGGGACAAGGCAGGAGUGGGCAGGGGGUCAAGGGGACAAGGCAGGAGUGGGCAGGUGGGGAAAGGGCAGGGGGCCAGGGAGCAAAAGCGGGCAGCGAUCUCUGCACAAGAGUGCCGCCUAUAGACUACCGUGCAAGACCUGCAGCUCCGCAGUGUCUAGUGUCUCCUCCGCGGUUUUGCAGUGAGGAGUAUGCUGAGCAGCGACAUGAGAUCUCGUGCGCGUGCAACGCCCAGGGCAACGUGCACUCGUUGGAGAAAGGAAAGUGGGGCCCGGGAGAGGUCUGUGUGGGCGGGGAUGAGGAAGAGGGGGAUGUGGGAUUGGUUGAAGGGGAGGGAUGGAAUGAAGAGGAGUGUGGCUCUUCAGACCCCGGGGAGACCAAGUGA